UAAAAAAACUCCUAUCUAGUUACGACUUUCCUGUGUGAACAAUUCGAUUAAUAUAUACAGUUAAUUCUCGAUAUCCGAAACGAAGUUAUGAUGUCGGACUUAUUUUCCGGUUCGAGCUUGGAUGACGAUAAUAAGGCGAAAGGCGGUGAUGCUGAAUUGCAGGAAUUUUUGAUGAUUGAGAAACAGAAAGCGCAGUUCAAUGCACAGAUACACGAAUUUAAUGAUUUCUGUUGGGAGAAGUGCGUAGACAAGCCUGGCAGCAAAUUAGAUGGACGAACCGAGACGUGUUUAAACAACUGCGUUGACAGAUUCAUAGAUGUAUCUCUGCUUAUCACCAAUCGAUUCGCGCAAUUAUUACAGAAGUCAGCUAGCGGAAUGUGAUGAAUGACAAGACUUGUGUUAACACGAUGUUAACGAGAAGUAUAAUUGUUAAUUGUAUGUGAAAUAUGUUUUAAUAUAAAAUAGGAAACGAUUAAGUUCA